AUGGCGGAAAUCGGCUCCGGCAGGUAUCGUGUGUGGCUUCAAGUGACUGAAGGCGACAUUAGAUGGACAAGACCUGCUGUUUUCAAUGCCCAAGAAGUCGAAUCUUCGUUUCGGGAAUGGAUCGACCAGCUUACGCCGCGGCACUAUUUGGAGAUGCCCGACUCUGACGAGGGGAACAAUGACAUGGAACUAUGGUUCAACAAGAUGAUACAUGCAGAUAGCAGCUCGGUCGAUGCUGUCACGAGAUAUUGGCGUGGAGUGACAGUAGAACAAAUGAUCGAGGUAGAGAAACCUCCCGCCAAGAGAAAGGUCUUGGCGAAUGAUGUAUAG